GAUCUCCAAAACACAGCAGGGCUGGGUAGGGUUUGGCCCUUAGAACGCAGUGGAUGCUGAGGGGAGGGGGGGCGAGCAAAACACGGAUCUUCCUUAUCGCUAUGGCUGUCUUAUUUGAAUGCAACUGGUACAAUUGGACGGAUGCACGCUUGGUUUCCUUUUCAGGUCCGUGUGUGUAGCAGCCAACGAUGGCGGUCUAAUGAGGGAGAAUAGCACUCAGUGUUCUGCAUCUGCAGCAUCUCUGGCGCAGACGGAUCAGCCGCGGUGACAUUUCACAGGUUUCGCUCCAAAUCAGCAGCAAUUCUGCAGCAGAAAAAGCACCAUGCUGACCAGCAUAACUGACGGGAUACUGUGCUGCCUUUCGGGCAAAACCAGCAAUCUGGUCUUGCCUCUGGAGUCCUCAGAGCCUUCAGACGGUUUCGAGUUUGUGGAGGUAAAGCCAGGGAGGGUCCUACGAGUGCGGCACAUCAAACCAGUGCGCCAGUGCAUAGAAACAAAGAAACAAGAUGCAGAGAAAAACACAAAGAAUGUUGACUGUGAUGCAAAAGGUGAUGCCCCGCCCGAGGACUCCAGGGAUAAUGAUGAUGAUGAUGCUGGCACCAGUGUCCACUGUAAGAGGAAGAUCACAGUUUAUCGCAACGGCCAGUUGGUGAUUGAGAACCUCGGUGAUGUGUUGCACUCUGAGAUUCUGCAGUGCCAGGAUGGCGAUCUGGAGCCCUGCAGCACCGUGGAGGUGGAACUGGCUGAUUACAAAGAGACGCCCUCAUCUCCAGAUCCAAACCCGGUUCCCACGGUCCCACUGCCCUCCGGGGACCAGAAACCCGCACCUCCACCCCGCCGUCGCCGCCGCAAACCAAAACGUACUGUGCUCAUCGACUCCACGAGGGUGAUCUCGAGUUGCAAAGGGACACAUUCGGACGUGGCGCUUUUCUUUGUGCACGGCGUGGGAGGCUCUCUGGACAUCUGGAGCAGCCAGCUGAACUUCUUCUCACGUUUGGGUUAUGAGGUCAUCGCGCCAGACCUGGCAGGGCACGGGGCCAGCACCGCUCCGCAGAUCGCGGCAGCUUACACCUUCUACGCUUUGGCAGAGGACCUCCGGGCCAUCUUUAAGAGAUAUGCUCGGAAACGCAACAUUCUCAUCGGCCACUCGUAUGGAGUAUCAUUUUGUACAUUCCUGGCACAUGAAUACCCUGAUCUGGUCCAUAAGGUAGUGAUGAUCAAUGGAGGAGGGCCUACUGCUCUAGAGCCAAGUCUCUGUUCUAUCUUCCAGCUCCCAUCAUGUGUCCUUCACUGCCUAUCCCCUUGUCUGGCCUGGAGCUUUUUAAAAGCCGGAUUUGCUCGUCAAGGUGCCAAAGAGAAGCAGUUGCUGAAGCAGGGCAACGCCUUCAAUGUGUCUCCAUUCGUCCUGAGAGCCAUGAUGAGCGGUCAGUACUGGCCUGAGGGGGACGAGGUCUACCACGCUGAGCUCACAGUGCCCAUCCUGCUGGUUCAUGGCAUGUGUGACAAGUUCGUGCCCGUGGAGGAAGACCAGCGCAUGGCGGAGAUCCUCCUCUUUGCAUUCCUGAAGGUCAUAGAGGAGGGAAGUCACAUGGUCAUGAUGGAGUGCCCCGAUACCGUCAACACCCUCCUCCACGAGUUCUUUCUCUGGGAGCCUGACAUGUCCAAAAAGGGAGAGGCUGACAACACAGUUUCUGUUUGCGACUCUAUUAACACGCUGAAAAUCAAAAAGCCUGUAGACAAAUAACGCUGCAGGACUGCUUUUAUCACAUUGCGAGCGGAAGGUCUUUUUUUCCUGCAUUGUUAAGGCUUCUGGGGCUUGGGAGCCAUUCCAAGCAGGGCUGCAUCUGAAAGGAUGCGGGCGACUGCUGGUGCUCCGAGAUAAAGCAGCGAAGAACACUGGAGGAGAGGGAAGGACGGAGACACAGUUUCUUUUUCCACCUUUGCACCACUUUGUGCUCCGUUUUGCGAAACGAACUGCUAUUCUGUGUAUGAAAUGUUUGUGCAGAAAAGUGGACAGAAACGUAAAGACAAAACCUCUUCACGAUGAUGACUGGAGUUUUCGUCUGUGUAUUCGCUUUGAGAAGGACUAGCUAAUGAAUUCCUUUGAGCACAGCUGUAAAAGGGAAACUGGGUUCAACAGAGCUGUUAGUAGGACGGUUUAAAGCAAGAUGAAAGAGCUGUUGGAAACUCAGCAAGGAUAAUAAUGGAAAAAAUAUAUAUAAUUUUAAAGAUGUGCUAAAGAAAAAUUACAAAAAGUUUCACAAAAAUGAACCAUAAACAACAACUAUGCUGCAUUCACCACCUCAGACAUGAUUAAAACUGGUGUAGGUACCAAAUCUGCCCCGUCUUAUGACGUCAACAUACGGCAACUCCACUCGGACAAACUGUAUUGAACCCGUUUCUUAAUUGAUUGAAUCUCUUUUGGAGUUUUUGACUAAUAAUUAUGUAUAUUUUCUAUUAUUUUACUUUUCAUUUGCAAGCCGAAAGUAGAAAACAAUCAUUGUUAGUCUUGAAGGAAAGUACUGCUUUCUAAGACAUUUAACAAGGUGACAUAAAAAGUCUUGUUUUUUUUUAUUCUUUUUAUUAAGACCUGCGGGCAGAGGAGGACAAAUGAAACAUCUUUAAAAAUUACUUUCGUGGAGAUUUUAGACGAAGAAAACAACAGUUAUUCUACUUGUAGAAAACAAACGGUUGUUGUUGAUACAAAUUUACAAGUAGGGUAGCGUAAUAUGGCUAACUGACCGAGCUAAAAGAGGCUAACCUGUUAGCAUAGCUAGCCACAGCUCUCCCUCUUUAUAUCAGGGUCUAACAGUUACUUUGUUCACCAGAAACAGAUUUUUUCAGUUUUGUUAUCGAUCACCCAUCAGUACAGCUUACAGAAAAAAAAAAAAAAAAAGUCUGAUUCUGGUCGAUCACUGGUUGGUUGAUUUGUUUAUCUCUGUAAUACACACGGUAUCAUGUGAUACGUGGGUUUUACAGACCUCUACAUCAUCAUUCUAGAGUGAAAAUAUUUAUUUUCUUGAACACCCUGAUGUAUACAAUCAGGCACAUAAACUGGAGUAGUGGGAAAUAAACUUAUUCAUUUUACCUUAUAAUAAUAACAGUAUAUAAAUAAUCUACUAAUGAUUACGAUUCUCAGAAUCGACACACCGUAGAUAUUUUAGACGUAGACUUCUCAUUGGACGCUGGCUGACUAGCCUAGAGGGCGGCCAUCUUGGAUAGGACCACAGGCAGAAAGAAUAAGAGGCGCCUUAGAUCUCAUUUUAAUCACAUGACAGAUGAUUAUAAUAAUCUCUUACAUGUCACAACCCCUUAAAGGAGCAAAACAAUUUUUUUUAAUUACCCUUUAGUUGGAUUACAAAUAUUUAUUCAAAUCAAAAACUAUUUAAACUGAACUCAAACUGGUUGAGAUAUUUAUGAUAUAAUGUAUGUUCUGCACAAAUAGAAAUUAUAUGUUGCAGCUAGCUGGCAAACAGCACAGAAGGAGAGAAGGCGAACGCGAGUGCGCCACUUACUGGUCGGGAGGAGUUAAGCGUUUAACUUGGUGAUAAACCUUUAAUUUAACACCAAGUGUAUCAUAAUUGAUAUAUGAAACAUUGAAACCUCUACGUCAUCAGUGUGAUAUUUUUGCUCUAGUGAAACCUGAAUUUUUCAAUCAUAAACACAUUGUGAACAGAUAAAAAUUCGUAUAAUUUGAACAAAAUUUUUGACGUAUCGAUUCUCUACCUUUUGGCUAAGAUCAAGUGUAGAAUCUGUUCUUAUCAGUUAAAUAUCUGAUAUGUCACCUGUCUGAAGACCUUAUAUUAAAUUUGGGGGAGUGGCAGCCUAGUGGUUACGGUGUAGAGCUUGGAAUCCUGAGGUUCUGAGUUAGAGCCCCACUCCCACAGACUGCCACUCUGGGUCCCUGAGGAAGACCCUUAAGCCCACACUGCUCCCCGGGCGCCCCACAAUGGCAGCCCACUGCUUCACAAGGGGAUGAGUUAAAUAUGUUGCUCUGUACCUGUGACAGUGUAAUUAUUAUAAAAAGCUGGAGAAAAAGUAUCACAAAUCAUAAAAGAAACAUAUAUUCAAAAUCAACUUCACGUUUUUUUUUUCAUUUUAUAGAAAAAUUUGAGCUUUCUGACAAUUAAUUUAGUCUUAAGAGUUCAAAUGUGCAGAUUGGUAUAUUUUUCCAGUAGUAAGCUAUUAGCAAUUUUGAUCGAUAAACCUCCAAAUGAUCAAAUCUGUUAUAAACCAGCAUAAAAAAACAUGUUUCAAUGUUAACUCACAGAUCAGUGUCUAUUUCAGAUCCACUGAAAUUAUUCGCACAUCAGAUGUACUGCAAAUAAAACCUACUAAUUUUAGAGAUACUAACUAUUAAAUGAGGACAACCAGUCAAAGGUACCUGCAUGAUUUCCAAAUAUAUAAACGAUAAGAAGGUUAUAGAAGUCCAGGGGGAGUAAAGUUUUACUUUUUAACGAUAUUCAGGACUCCUACUGAGAUAAAAGUAUGGUUUUUAUCCCUUUGACCUGCCGUGUCUCAGCGGUGAUGAAUGCAGGAUGUGUUGCUUUUCUUGCUUCCUUAUAUCCUAAUGUUUAGAUUAUUUUUUUGGUAUGUGUGUCAGAGAGAAGCAAAUGUUCCUAAGUGGAAGUUAUUCAUUCAUGGAUGUGGUUUGUCUCAUAGUGGGACAGGAAAGUGCGGGUUAUACACUGGAAAAAAUCGAAAUCUAGAUAGGUAAUUUUUUCUUAAAAUAAGUGCAUUUGUUUUCUGAUUGAGGAGAUAA